AUGAUGUCGAGUAAUCAAAACAAAUCAUUCAAAACUAAAUUGAGAACAAUAAAAAAGGAGUUGAUAUCAACGACAAGUACAUUGACCAGAAGUAAAUCCUCCUCUUCAACAACAUCCACGACAAUGUACGCAAAUUCAAUGACAUCAUUGUCAUCACCAUAUUCUAGCCUACAACCAAGCCCAUUUUCAAGUACCAACACAUCACCCAGAUCCAUUGUAUCGGCUACAUUUGCAUCGUCCUCGCUUGUACAAUCUACACCUGACUUGAGCCAAGAACAACAACAACAGCAACAUCAUCAGCAUUCGUCAUCAUCCAGUUUUAGGUAUCGAAGUCAGUCAUUCUCACAAUCAUUUGUCAAACUAACUCAGAGUAAUAAUAAGCACAAUGGUUCCCAUUUCCAUCUACCUUUACAUAACCAUGUACGUCAACAGAGCAAUGCUAUAUCACAUCUGCCUUAUGAGUCGACAUUUGAUACUUGUAUACCACUAGACUACGACCAUUUUACAUACACAAACACUAAAUCACCAAAACUUACACCCGAAGAAGAUGAAUUAAGCGAAUUUUAUUACAAUGACAAUACCAAUGCCAACAAUGCUUCAGCUGCAAUUAAGGAAGAAAUUACCAUUCCACCAUUACCCGAUAUCCACGAGUUCAAUUCAAGAUACCAACAACGACAACAAUUACAACAUCAGUCGAGUUACAAUAGUAGUAUAACUACUGGCAACAAUUCAAGUACGAGUUUAAACCGAUACAAUUCAGAAAUAAGUCGUAAUGGAUCUAUCAGUUUGAAAAAUGGUAACAUGAGUCGAAGUGUGAGUUUAGUAAGUACUACCAAUUUAACGCCAAGUACACCGAUAUCCUUAACGCAUUCAAAGACGAAUUCAAUUGAUGUGUAUGGUAGAGAAUACGAUGGUAGUAAUGGUGAUGGGUACGUGAAGGAAGUUAAUGAAGAACAAGAAGAUGAUUUGGCUAUUAAUAUCUUGAAUGUGAUAAACAAGAAUGAAAUUAGUUGGGAUAUUUGA